GAGCAGGCGUGGUUGACACUCGCCUGCAUCUGUGUUUGUGUUGUUUAUCGUAAACUUGUGUUGUGUAAAUUUGUUUUUAAAUAUGUUGAUUACUUCCGAGAAACAGGAUUCUUUAUGUGAUAAUUAUUCCGACAAUUAUGUGUCUUCAAUCGAGAAGAAACCCUUGAAAAAUGGAUUUCACCCGCUUCACAAAAACGGUGUUAUCGCUCCUAUACCGCAGGAGAAAAAACUGCCAAAGGAACUGAAAGAAGAAUUUGAAGAUACUCCUCUUGUCAUAGCGCUCACUGUUUAUUUGUGUUAUGCUGUACUUUUAAUUUUUGGUCAUUUGAGAGAUUUUAUGAGGAAAGUAGGAUUGGAGAAAAGUCGCAUGGCUCGAGAAAGCAACAGAGAGGGAUAUGUUCCAUUGUAUCAAAGUUUUGAGAGCUUUUACACUCGUAAUGUGUACAGAAGAAUUUGCCACUGUUUCAACAUGCCUAUUUGCAGUAUGCCUGGAGCUACUUUAAAAUUGAAAGAACGAGUUUCUAAUGAUUAUAAUUAUACAUUCGAACUUAAAGACAGUUAUACAGAAUGCAUAAACAUGGGAUCAUAUAAUUACUUAGGCUUUGCCCAAAAUGAAGGAAAGUGUACAGAUGCUGUUCGAGAUAUUAUUUACAAAUAUGGAGUUGGAGUCUGUAGCACAAGGCAUGAGCUUGGUAACUUGGAUAUUCACAAUGAACUAGAAAGUCUGACAGCUGAAUUUUUGGGCGUAGAAGACAGUAUCAUUGUUGGCAUGGGGUUUGCUACCAAUUCUACCAGUAUUCCAACAUUAAUUUCUAAAGGAAGCCUUAUUUUUAGUGAUGAACUAAACCAUGCAUCAUUAGUUCUUGGAUGUCGCUUGUCGGGUGCCAAGAUAAGGGUCUUCAAACAUAACAAUAUGAAAGAUUUGGAAAAGAAAAUCAGAUCAGCAAUUGUUGAUGGUCAACCACGGUCCCACAGACCUUGGAAAAAAAUUAUCAUUAUAGUUGAAGGUGUUUACAGUAUGGAAGGCACUAUAGUAAAUCUUCCAGCCCUAAUUGCCUUGAAAAAGAAAUAUCGCUGUUACUUAUAUGUUGAUGAAGCUCAUAGCAUUGGAGCUAUUGGGCCUAAAGGUCGUGGUGUUACAGAUUAUUUCGAUUGCGACCCCAAAGAUGUUGACCUUCUAAUGGGAACUUUUACUAAAAGUUUUGGUGCUUCCGGAGGUUAUAUAGCAGGUCCAAAGAAAUUAAUUCAACACUUGAGAAUAAACUGUCAUAGUUUUAUGUGUGCUGCCAGUAUGUCUGCCCCUGUUGCUCAGCAAAUUAUCUCAUCUAUGAAAAUUAUCAUGGGAAAAGAUGGAAGUGUCGAAGGUGUGACCAGAAUUCAUACUCUAAAAAGGAACUCUCAAUAUUUUCGUAGAAAAUUAAAACAGAAAGGAUUCAUAAUUUACGGUAAUGAAGAUUCUCCAAUAGUUCCUUUGAUGCUGUAUUUUCCAUCAAAAAUUACGGAAUUUGUUAGACAGUUGUGGAAAGGUGGUAUCGCAACAGUUGGAGUGGGUUUCCCUGCUACAUCUUUAUUAACAGCUAGAGCACGAUUUUGUAUAUCAGCUUCACAUACAAAAGAAAUGCUCGAUAAAGUUCUUGAAGUGGUAGAAAAUACCGGGCGACUCAUUAUGGUUGAUUACUCCAAAAAACCAAGAUCUCAGGAAGAAGUGAUCUACUAGUCAAAAAGUAAAGAUUACAUCUUAAAUUUAAGUGCCUUGCUGCACCAGAAGUGUUCUAUAGAUAGACAUAUUAGAAAAGCUUCUUUCAUCAUCAUGUUCACAACAUUCCUUUAUAUACCUGCCUUUUGCAGAAACUGCCUUCUACAUGGACCAAAAUUAUUUUAUUUUUCUUGUCUCUCUUUUAAUUGUUACACUUUUAAAGUAUGACAUUGUAUUGUAUUUAUUAAUCUUUU